UAUUAUUGAUAUGUCGGUGAUAUAGCUGCAUAGACCUGUGCCACAAACAAGACUGACAAGCAAGACAUGUGUUGCAAAUCUUGUCCUCAAGGAUCACAUGGGAGUGCCAUCCAAAAUAUACGUGUCAGAAUCUGAACGGCACAUUCGAAAACCUAAUCUUCUUUUCUGUUAUCAUCGACCAUUCGAGAACCCAGUCAUGUUCACACACCUCGUACUAUCUUCUUCACAACUGAUGGCAGAGUUUCAUCUCCCAUCUGAGAUCGAAAACGAAGUAGAGCAACAUCCAGCAGAAGAUUCCGAAGAGAACCAUGCUGUCAUCGAGGACGAGUACCUCGACUACAUCCGUUACUUGUCAUCGCGGAGCAACCAUGAAAUGGAGACUUUUGGGACUUACGAUGAAAUCUUCGGUCGAGUGCUAGGAAAUUCAUCUUCCACGCGGUGGCCAGAAAUGGUGGAGGAACUACCGGUGGUGAACUUGACGGCUGAGGAACUGAAGGAGAGAGGUUUGGUAGUUUGCGCCAUCUGUAGAGAGAAGCUCAGCUCUAAUGAGAGACUCUCUGAGCUUCCUUGUCGGCAUUAUUACCACAAAGACUGUAUCUCUAGUUGGUUGACUAACCGGAACACUUGUCCUCUUUGCCGUCACAAUGUUAAUUAGAAACAAGUUGGAUUUUCUCUUUUGUUUUUUUAUGUCUUGUUGAAGUUGAUAAAAUCUUUAUCUUACCCUGAUAAUAUCACAACAAGAAUUGAGUGAUUUGGCGAUAUAUGCUAACCUAUUCAAAUGGAUUUGUU